CUUUCUCAGACAACAUGUCAGAAGGAAACGCCGCGGGCGAGCCCAGCAUCCCGGGAGGGUCCCGACCCCUCCUCCCUGGAACCCGGGGGCUUAUCGGGAGGCGGCCGGUGCCCCCUCUCACCCCUGGCCGACUUCCAUCUGUCCGCUCCAGGGACCUCACCCUCGGGGGAGUCAAGAAGAAAACCUUCACCCCAAAUAUCAUCAGUCGGAAGAUCAAAGAAGAGCCUAAGGAAGAAGUAACUGUUAAAAAGGAGAAACGUGAAAGAGAUAGAGACCGACAGCGAGAAGGACAUGGACGUGGCCGGGGUCGACCAGAAGUCAUCCAGUCCCACUCCAUCUUUGAGCAGGGCCCAGCUGAAAUGAUGAAGAAAAAAGGGAACUGGGAUAAAACAGUGGAUAUGUCGGACAUGGGGCCAUCACAUAUUAUCAACAUCAAAAAAGAGAAGAGGGAGACGGAUGAAGAAACAAAACAGAUCCUGCGCAUGCUGGAGAAGGAUGAUUUUAUUGAUGACCCUGGGCUGAGGAAUGACACUCGAAACAUGCCUGUACAGCUGCCUCUGGCCCACUCUGGGUGGCUAUUUAAGGAAGAGAAUGAAGAACCAGAUGUUAAACCUUGGCUGGCUGGCCCCAAGGAAGAGGACAUGGAGGUGGAUGUGCCUGUCGUGAAAGUGAAAGAGGAGCCACGAGAUGAGGAGGAGGAGUCCAAGACAAAGGCUCCCCCGCGAGCAGCCAGAAAGAUCCCGGACCUCCCGAAGGAUGUGUCUGUGGCAGAGCUGCUCAAGGAGUUGAGCCUCAACAAGGAGGAAGAACUACUGUUCCUCCAGCUGCCAGACACUCUCCCUGGCCAGCCGCCUACUCAGGACAUCAAGCCUAUCAAGACAGAAAUGCAGAGCGAGGAUGGACAGAUGGUGGUUAUAAAGCAGGAGAAAGAUCGGGAAGCCAAGCUGGCAGAGAAUACUUGUACACUCAGUGACCUGACAGAGGGCCAGGUUGGCAAACUGCUCAUCCGCAAGUCGGGAAAGGUGCAACUCCUCUUGGGCAAGGUGACCCUAGAUGUAACCAUGGGAACUUCCUGCUCAUUCCUUCAGGAGCUGGUGUCCGUGGGCCUUGGAGAGAGUAGAACGGGUGACAUGACAGUCCUGGGACACGUGAAACACAAACUUGUAUGCUCCCCAGAUUUUGAAUCUCUCUUGGAUCACAAACAUCGGUAA